UAACUCUCUCUCCCUCCCCAACGCCCAACCUCCAUUCCUCUCCCUGUCUCUCCAACUGCAAUAUGCAAGAGCAACACUGCCAUUCCAAAUGCCCACUCACUCACAGCAGCAAUCGGCCAUGGCGGAGGGCGAGCCCAACAAACCCAAAGCCAAAGAUGUCGGCGUCGUCUUCGACGCCGCCGCCAAGGUGAAGGCCGAGUCCAAAGCCAGGGCCAUCGAGGGCGGCGAUGCUGGCGACGCCGAGAGCGCGAGCCCGGCCGGGCACGGCGGCCGCCUGCUGCGGCGCGUGUGCUGCGGCCUGGGAGCCGUCGCCGCGGUGGCCGCCGCCGUGAUGCUCGCCCUGUCGGUCACCGUGCUCAGGGUGAGGGACCCCACCCUGUCCAUGGACUCUGUCACGGUGGAUCGCUUCAGCGUGCGGCUCGGCGCGGGGGCGGCCUCCCGGCCGCUGCAUAUCAACGUGACGCUCGUCGCGGCCAUCGUCAUCAGGAACCCCAACUACGAGUCCAUGCGGUUCGGCGCGAGCGCCACGGAGUUCUACGUGGACGGCGUGCCGGAGUGCGUUGGGCUGGGCAGCGCGCCGCCGGGGGAGGUGGCGGCGCGGGGCACGAGCCGGGUGCGGGUCGGCAUGGACGUGUUCGUCGACAGGGUGGGCCCCGCCGUGGUCGGCGAGGUGCUGUUCGGCGGCGGCGAGGUUGGGCUGAGCAGCCACACCGCCGUGGACGGAAGGGUGAGCGUGCUGGGCGGGCUGUACGGGCGGCGCGCGGUGCGCGUGGCGAUGCGGUGCCGCGUCCUGCUGCGCGUCUCCUCCACCGCCGUCGCCGCGGCUGGCUCCCCGUCGUGCGUCGCGGACUUCACCAGCCACUGACGCCAGCGACACCCCUCAUGAAAUGCUUGCUUUCCGCUAAUUCCUCCUCUCUUUCUCUCUUGUGAAAUUAAUUCUGCUGAUCGAUCACACCUUUUUUCUCGGUUCAUCAACUCCGUUUUGUACCACCAUCAUUCUAACUUUGAGCUGAUUAAAAAAAGAGCAAUUUUAUCAUCACUAAGAAAGUAUCAGGAUGUAACAAUAUUUUCAAUGUAAAAUUUAACAUCUCGUAGUAUAUAAGGUAUCAAGAGGUUUGGUACCAAACUUUACAUAGAAAACAGUAGUAACUUCUGUAUCAUUUUAAGGAUAUAAAAAAUGCUCUUUAAAAAAACGUGUGUAAGUAAGUUUCUCUUUCUUGUGAUGCUCAGGUUGAUUGCCCGUGGAUCACGCAAUCUUAUGUUAAUGAGUCUUUACUGGACUUGGACUGGCAAGGUACUAUCACGACGUUUGCACGUUUGGAACAAGUUCAUUUUAGGUCGCUAAAGUAUGGGUUAAGGUUUAGUCAAGUACCUUAACCGCGAAAUUAACAUUGCUUGAGUUUCAUUCAAGUCACUUAACUGCAAAGCCAGCUAUAAAGCCUAAGACUUGUAAUUCCAGUGCAACUCGAUUCCUUCGAUUCUUCUGGGGAGGCCAAUUUCAUGCCUUUUUUCCCCUACAUGUAAACACUACGUCAAGGCCACAAGAGACGAAAAUCAAGCCGAAAAUGUUCUGAAUACUGUAUUAUUGAGACUACGAUUUACAGUGGUUUCAGAAGUUCAGGGACGUUUUAUGUCCAAUUUAAGGAUUGAGGGAUGUGAAUGAAACUCGACCUAUAAACAAGGGACCUAAAGUGGACAUUUUCCUGCACUUUACCUAAGUUUUAGUUAGGAAUAAGUUCAUCGUAGGUCCCUUAACUUACCGUCAAAUAUGUUUGAGGUCGCUUAACCACAAAACCAGAAAUGUGUACCACUAAACUUGUAUAAAUCGUUCAAAAAAGA